AUGGAGAACACCGCCACCGCGUCUAUUCCGGGAAUUAUAGAAAGUGGUCCGACAAGCGCCCCGCCCGCCUUAGAGCUCUGCGGCAUGGACGACCUUGCCAGCUCGAGCUCCUGGAGCGCCUCUGAACCGCAGCCACAGUCGGACCUCCUGGACCCGUCCGACCCGCUCAACCUCAUCCUGAAUAACAUGUCGGCGAGCGGCGACUCGUCCAUGGAGGACUCGUCGUCGUCGUCGCACAGCAGCCCGCCAGACUGGUCGGAACUCUCUGCGCUGUGGACGAAUCCGCCGCCGGAGCAGGAUGCCGCGGAGAACGCAAAGUUCGCCCAGGACGUGAAUAUGGACUUUAACUUCUCGUUCCCGAUGGACUUGGACUUUAACCCCGCGUCGUCGAUUGACCCCAGUGCAUUGCACUUUAACUAUAACGCCGUGCCACCGCUCAACUUCCCUGUGGACGGGUUCCUCUCCGCCCAGGACCUGCUGAAUGUCCCCUUCCCUGCAACGCUGCAACCGGGUGGAAAUGAGGGUGCCUUCCCAUUUUCUGGCAUUGGUUCUGGUGCACGUCGUCUCAGUGUCACCUCGUCCUCGUCCUCGUCAGGGGCAUCGCUCUCUCCGAUCCUGGAACACAAUUCCCCGGUCGAGGCUAGUCCCCAGACGACCCCUACAGGCAACCCAGACGCCGCCGAGGAGCUGGCAAACAAAGUCCGCCAAGCAGCUGGUGUCACCCUUGCUGUGCCGGUAUCAGCGCAAAUGCAGCAAGCCAUGGUCUCAGCUAUCCAGGCCCCGCAGCCCAAGCUCCCGAUCCCCCGCCUUCCCCGUCCCAACACCGGCGCCGCCUCGAAAAUGAAACGUGUCGCGGCGAAACCUAGCCCGCCAUCCACCGCAUCCACCUCCCGUUCCUCGACCUCCUCUCCGCCCCCGUCCACCACCGAGUCCACGUCCUCCCUCCCCUCUCCCGCUUCAGCGCUCCCCGCACUGUCGACAGGGCGGGGCAAGACGAGCCACACGACCAUCGAGCGGCGCUACCGCACGAACCUGAACGCGCGCAUCCAGAGCCUGCGAAGGGCAGUGCCCGCGCUGCGCGUGCUAGAGCAGAAGGAGGGCAAGGUGGACUUCGGCGACGUCGUGGACGAGCGGGGGUUCGUCGACGGGGUCAGGGUCGCGCGGAAGACGAGCAAGGCGAGCAUCCUCGGCAAGGCGGUCGAGUACAUCCGGGUCCUCAAGAAGCGCGAGGGGCGGCUGAAGCGCGAGCAGGACGGCCUGCGGUGCCUCAUCUGCGGGCUCGUGGGCGGGCCGGCGCUGCUGAAGGAGUGGGAGCGCGAGUGGCGCGAGAAGUUCGGCGGCGAGGAGCGCGACGAGGUCGAGGGCGACGAGGCGGAGAGCGAGGACGAUGAUAGUGAGGGCGACGAGGAGGAGGGCGAGGGCCGCGCGAAGAAGCGUGCGCGCGUCGCGAAGCCUGCACAGCCGAAGAAGGAGAAGAAGCCUGCGGCUCCGAAGGCGGAGCCGGUGGUCGGUGGGGAGGGCGUCGUGCCCGAGAAGAGGAAGCGCGGGCGGCCGCGGAAGGUGCCCGCCCCUGCGCCUGAGCCGGUCGUGGCGGUGGGCGUGGAGGUGCCGCUUGCGCCUGCGCCCGCGCCAGCUGAGGCGGGCGUGCAGAAGCAGGAGGAGCCAGUACCGCAGAGUCAGGGGCAAGGACAGCAGUACCUCCUCGCCGCUUUUGCGUUCUUCUCGUUCUUCAACUCGCCGCUGACCACGCAGUCCAGCGCCGGGCAGCAUCAUACGCACACUGGGACGGUGUUGUCGCCGGUGCCGCACCCCGCGCAUGCGCAGGGCGGCGUUGCGUGGAGAGAAGUUGUGCAGGGCUUCCACCUGCUCGUGUCGGCGCUGGUGUUCCUGUCGAUUGUGCUGCCGUGGCUCCCCGCGGCGGUGCGCCGGUCGAAGCUGAGCUCGCUGAUGGUUACGCCGUUCAGCAUUCAUGCGUUCAGGUCGUCAACGCAAUCUCGCAUCGAAGAGCCCGUGCGUAAUAGGCGCAGGGAGCGCAGCGUGUCGAAGUCGGGCCGCACGACGGUCGCGCUGACGAAGGCGCUUGCGCAUGCGAACCGUGGGACGCCGCACGAGGCGGCGCGCCUGCGCGCGGCGCUGGGCGUGUAUGACGGUGUGGUGGGGCUCGUCCAGAGUGUGUUUGUGGGGAGGAAGAAGGGCGGGAGCUAUGAAGCGCGGCAGGCGGAGCAGAGGGCGUGGGGGCGGCUCGGCGAGUUGGUCGUUCUGGAUGGUACAAAGUCCGUGGCGACGCGCCUGCAGACAUAUUUCUGCAUGCGGCUGCAGACGCCGUACUUCAAGGCGUCCGCGUCGGACCUGUGCACGCUCGCGCUGAUCAUCCACCCGGUGGUCAAGUCCAGCGCGCAGCAGUUCUGGGCGCGCGCGCUGCAGGCCGAGUUCAUCCGGCCGUACGAGCGUCUCGUGCUCGAGACGAUGACCGUCGACGAGGCCGCGGAGCGGCUGAUUGCCCGGCGGAAGCUGGAGAGCGGCCAGGAGAAACGGGCGUACUGGGCGAGCACGCCCCUGCGCGUGCUUGCGGAGGUGCUCCUGUGCGAGCGCCUCAGGCGCGAUUCGGCGACACUGUUCGUGCGAACCGUGCUCCGGAAGGGUCAAAAAGCUGCCAGUGAGUACGAGGACGAGAAGUGCUCUCCGGCUGCGGCUUGGGAUCCCGAAGAGGAGAUGGUCCUGGAGAAGGAGCGGAGGCGCACCGUCGACGCUGGCAAGUCCCUUGGCGGGCUGACUGCGGAGCUCUCCGAGUACUUGGAGAAGAUAUGGGAAACCGGGUACUGCUCGCUGGAGGCCCUGGACGCCGACGGCCGCGGUGCUUCCACCGAGUCCAGCGCAGAGUUGGAAGCGGAGGUGAGGCCGCUCAUACGCGCGCUGAUGCUCUACCGCCAGAUCUUCCCGUCGUGCCUCGCGGGCAGCGCGGGCGAGGGUUCGAUAUCGCUCAUACUGUCUCCCCCACCAUCGCCGUCGAGGAAGAACCCCGGGUUGCACAAAGAGCUUAGGGAUACACUUGGUUCCGGCGUCUUCGAGAAUCUGGUGUCGGGUCAGUAUGCCUCUGGGGAGGCUAAGCUCAGUAGUUUAAUGGAGGACGCGAGGGACCUGGUGGUGGAUAUGAUUGUCGCGUCGGAGAGGGCAAGGCGGGGACAUUAGGAUGUCUGUGGUAUGUUAUUGAAUCUCGAAUGGACUUGUACUCUUGCUUUCGUAUUUGGCUUCUCGGAUGUUGUUGGAGCAUAUCUAUUUCGUUGAGUAUGUUACUGAUGUGGUUUCUCUUAAUGUGGCAUUUGCGUCGUAGUUUAUAUACGUUGAAAGAUGAAUGAACUGAUCGUGAAUAUAUGUGCAAAGGUCCGG